AACCUCAGAGUCAACAGCCCGACAACAGCAGCCAACAUGUACAAGCUCCUCCUCGUCGCCACCGUUUUGGGAUGUGCCCUGGCCGCCCCCUUGAACGAUGAUACGAUCACCAAGUUCCUGACCAACCAGGACACCGAUGGCACUUAUGCCUUCGAUGUGCAGCAGUCCAGUGGCAUUCAGUUCCAGGAGGAGGGUCAGUCCGGUCACUAUGCCCGCGGCUCCUACUCCUACAUUUCCCCCGAGGGCGUUCCCGUCCAGGUGAUCUACACCGCCGAUGAGAAUGGCUUCCACCCUCAGUCCGACCUCCUGCCCACUCCUCCCCCAAUCCCAGAGGCCAUCCUGCGCUCCAUUCAGUACAUCCAGGAGCACCCCACCCCCGAGGAACUGGCUGACCGUGCCGUGCGCGCCCAGCAGAUCUAAGAUCCCGCAGAGCAGGAGCUCCGAUCUAGUCCUAAGUAACAUAGCUCAUAUUGUACAUGAUGUGCUCAUCCAUUCUUCCAUUCGAGUAAAGCCAUCCAGUCAGUCGGCUGGUGU